AUGCUCCAAUCCAAAGCUCCUCACGUGCGCUCCCAAUUCACACCCAAACCAGAAUUCAACAUCAAAUCAGUCGAUCCCAGAAAAGUCGAUUUUUCACCUGAGCAUGCUGCUAAAAUGGCUUCCAAGCUAUACGCCCGUGACCAGCCAAAGCAGACGAAAUUACAUGGAUUUGAAGCUGGCAGCUUGUCGUCUCCCUACGCUGAUGAGGUGCUGCCAGCAUGGAAGAGUACGGUUAAAGCUGAUUAUGUGCCUAAAUUGGUCGAUCGGGGAUUGGAGCAGAUUGAUUCUGUAUCGAAAUACAUCAAAUCGUCCCACUUCAAGCUUGAAGGACCAGGAGACGUAAAGAACGAUGACGCUCACUGGCAGAGCACCACACGGAGAGACUACCUCGCUAAAUCGGGCGAUGAUGCUAAACCAGUCUCGGCAAAACCAGAUCCUUCAAAGAGCAUUUCUCCAAUCGUUGGAGACGAGACUAUAUUAAACCACAACAACACGUCUGUAUACAAGGAGUCUUUUGCGAAAGCUAGACAGGUCAAGCUGUCGGCACCGCAAAAGUUUGGUGGAGGAAGUGAUCCUACUCGGUCUCACUUUUCUUUGGGAGACGAUCCCGUCAACUAUUCAUCUAAAUCGAUUACAGGAGAACCAGCUCCCGUAAUCACAGACCAUUUCAUUGUCAGACCUCCAAGGACAAAAUCCACCGUGUUGGAAUGUCCUGAUUGGGAAAAGGGAGAAUACAUAUCAGUUGCCAAGAAGGCUUAUGGAAGCAAUUUGGUCGGCGUGGAUCCUAAAACAUUGACUGUCGAGAAGGAAGCGUUUACUCGUGAUUUGAAGAGUACUCAUUUUACUCUAGGAACGGAUGUAUCAUCUCUAGGACAAGCCAAAUCGCAAUACUCCUCAUCGUUUUUGAAAAAGCAAGGUGCUGUCACGCAGCCGACAAUCUACAAGUCGAGCUACAGAGACGACGUACAUCUUGAAGAAGAUGAAGACAGGAGAAUGUCGGGUCUUUCUAGUACUCGUACAGACUAUGUCAAACAUGAAGCUGCUUCUAAUGCUGCUCACUCACAAAGUAUCAAGGACCAGAACUCACGAUCAAGUAUCUUCACGGAUGGCAACCGCUCCAUGGAGUCUGCAUCUGUUGCAGCAUCAAGUUACCUGCCUCCCUCUCAAGAAAAGUACACCAGCGAAAGGACGACGGCUUCACAUCCUGGUAUGAAUCCAUAUCCGCUUCUGGCUAUGGAAUCGAAUACACAUAGUCCUGGUGGAAAGGCUUGGGUGUCUGUCGCAAAGUCUGACUUUACCAUCCCCAAAGACCCAUCCUCACACGCGCGCGCCCUGGCAAUCCAAAACAAGAUGGGCUCCCGCUACGCCAACUUCGACCUCGGUCUCGACGACCGACGAUACGUCACAUCUACCUCCUCUGCAGCAUACAAACCAGCAUCGCUCGAACGAACAGCUGCUCACAGACCCGACUUGACAUUCGGAGCUACUUUAGAAAACGUAUUGGGCCCUCGCACAAGUAUCUCUGGAUCUGAAAUGACGAGAUCGGCUACGACUACUGGAUCUGCAUAUGUGCCCAUGGCGCUUGCCAAAGUGCAGAGUAUUAAACCGCCACCUACUAUGACGCAGCUGUGUAUGGAGCUGGGUGAUGCGCCGAUGGGAAUGAGUGGGAGUACAGAGUCGAGGAGGGCUUUUGUUAACCCUGUGUACCGUGUAGAUGAGAGGUUUUGA